AUGCUGCAUUUGAGCGAGUGCCCAGAAAGAACGGUCUGCUGUAUAGUGCCUGGCUGCACUACCAUGGUAAAGCAGAGGGAUGUACUGCAGCACUUAAUAAAUGCAGCCUCUGCCCACAUUGUUCUGCAGGAAGAAGAGGUCCAGCCUCUGCAGUGCCUGAUGCACUUCCAGGUGAGAUGCUUGAAUUACAAGAAUAUUAAAAAAAAAAAAAAGGUGUGAUAUGAAUAUGAAGUGAACAUUCGGUUUCAUUUCAGAGAACCAAACCACGAUAGAUUUUAGAAGAGAAAGGUGUUUUCUCCUUCUGCUGGAGGGGAGAAAAGUGGAGUGACAUCUGGGAGCCACACCUGUACAGCACUGAGUCUAGGUGCUCGAAUGGAAACAGGUGGAGGGCGCAUCUAUGAUCUGCGGGAAUGUCCUUGGAGCUGGUGUCCGAAGCGAUGCCAGUGGUAG